AUGAAGCUCACUACUACCGCAUUUGGUACUUUCGCACUCAUCGCCGCCGCGAAUGCCGCCGUGACAGGACACUGCACACCUGGUUUGAAUUACUGCUCCAGAGUGCUCGAAGACGUCGGCGGCAAUCAUGCGGCGAUCGCUGAUGGAUUGACCAGAGAUGGUUAUACGUCAGCGGCCCAAUAUCCAGUUAUGUGGAACGAGUUCUUAUUCCAUUGCAACAAUGAUCAAUCGAUUUCUGUUGUUGGAGCUUGUUAUGGGAGUUGCCGGAACAAUGGCAGUGGUCAAAGUGACACCUGCGCCUAG